ACUUUUGUGCAUUUUCAAGCUUGAACAUGUUGGUAACAUGCAUUAACAAUUGUUGAUUUGUUUUGUUAUUUUUAAACAAAACGUUAUUUAAAACAAAAAUUAAAAUAUGUCGCAGACAUACGAGGGUACGGAAACCCUCCAGAUAGAGGCUCUCGAAUUUAUCUACGAGGAUGAAGAAUGUUUGGACAUCGAAACACAGUCUGUGAAACAGGACAAUAAGCCGGUGAAACUAAAGCGACUGGUUUGCAAACUGAGCGGAUGCACUUACUCCACUGACAGGAGGAGGGACUUGAAGCGCCACAGGCGUUCCCAGAAACACGAGCACGAAGAGUACCGAUCGGACUCCGAUUCCGACGUGGAUCGCUCCCUGUUCUCCUGCAAAGUCUGCGACUACACAACGGCCAAGCGAUUCUGCUAUGUGCGGCACAAGGAGUCGAGGCGCCACAUCAUGAGGGAGAUGGAGGAGUGCGAAAAGCUGAUGGACGAGGCAGACAGGGAGGAAAUUCACACGAAGCGUAGAAAAAGAGUGGGGGAGCCAGUGGCCUCGGAUUCUGAAACAUCACAACACACCGACCAUAUCCUGUUCACUUGUAUGCCCAGUGAUUACAGUAUCAAGCCAAAAUCCUGCCUAGAAACCCACCCAAGUUUGGAGGAGCACAAUGAUGUCCAGAGGCUGCUGGAGCCAAGCGAGUACAUAGAGUAUAUUCCCCAGAAGGAAAAACAGAUGAUUGAGGGCAUGGAAGAUGAAUAUCAACCCUUCAUGCAAGGCAGUUCCACCUUCGAGUGCGCGGCCUGUGAGUACAGAACAGCCCGGCGAUUCGCCUUCGUUCGCCACCUGCAGUCGACGAGGCACCAGGCCAGAAUGCAGGAGCGGGAUGAUAACUUGGAGUCGGCAAAUGACCUGGAUGAACUCGAAGGCGGUGAGGAGGAAAAUGUUGUGGUGGAGUUCGAUGAAGGGGAUACUGUUCAUGACAUUGAGGAGAUAAAUGCCCUGGCAGGGGAAGAUGUAAUGGUAGAAAUUGAAGCCCUGGAGGGGCAAAAUGGAUUGGCGGAGACUGCAUCCCUGGUGGAGAUCGAGGAGCUGAUCCAAACAGAACACGGGUUCGAUGUAGUAGAGUAUGCACCUGCAGAAGAAAAUGUUUACGAGGAGAUCGUCUACCUGCCCACCGAAGAGCAACCAGAGGAUAUCUGUUACUUUAUAGAGCUCGAACAAUAACAAGAUUCGGCAGUGUCCAAGUUUUUAAUAAAUAACUUUUUUGAUAAGCAAAUGUUCUUGAAGUCAUUAUCUUCUAAGGCCACAAAAUGCCUAACCGACUUGUAAAACUUUACAGGGUACAUUGUACAU